UAAAAAAAUUAUUCGUCCAUUACAAACCUAAUUUUUGGGGUUUUGGGUCUCCUUUGAACCAAUGCUCGAGAGUGCAAAUCAGUGCUGGAAGAGAGUGAGAAAAUACACAAAAAAUGGUGAGACUAACGGCUGAUUUAAUUUGGAAAAGUCCUCACUUUUUCAACGCCAUUCGUGAACGUGAAUUGGAUCUCCGAGGUAAUAAAAUUGCAGUGAUAGAGAAUGUGGGUGCUACUGAGGAUCAAUUUGACACCAUUGAUUUAUCUGACAACGAAAUUGUUAAGCUUGAAAACUUUCCCUACCUAAAUCGACUAGGGACAUUGCUAUUAAACAACAAUAGGAUUACCCGUAUCAAUCCCAACCUAGGAGAGUUUUUGCCGAACAUUUACAACACUAAAUUAUGCCUUAUUGGUUCUUUUCAUAUAUUAUACAUAUAUAAACUUAACAGGUGUUCAAUGGAAUUAGCAGGGGACCUACUUAAUGAAGUUCGUCUCAGGCCCCCCAAAAUCACAGGACGGGCACUGACCACACAUGAGCGAAUGGAAGCCAAUAAUUUAUUUGCAUCAAAAGAGGCCGAAGAAGAAGCUAAAAAAGAAUCAGUGAAGACAUUUGUACCUGGUGAGCUUCCAAGCAGUGAAGAGUUACCAAAGGAGGAGCAAACGCCCAAACCGGUUGCUCCCACACCUGAGCAAAUUAUAGCUAUUAAGGCUGCCAUCGUGAAUUCUCAGACUCUUGAAGAGGUGGCCAGGCUUGAAGAGGCACUAAGGUCAGGCCUGCUUCCGGCUGAUCUAAAUAUUGAUGGUGAUACCAUGGCUAAAAAUGGAAGUGUCCAAGAUGACACAAUGAUUACUGAUGCUGAAAAGGAAGCAAAUGACGAACCAAGCGACAAAGAACCCAAACAGAAAGAUGAUGGUCCUGCAGAAAUGGAACAGGAAUAGCGUGGAGCGUGUCAAUGUGCAACGAUUAUAAAAAAUGCACUGUGGAUUGAGGUUGAUAAUGCUAGAUCAUCACUCCCUUUUUUUUGCAGAAAUUCGCAUGUGGUAUUUCUGGUGUAACAUUAAAUUUGAUUCAUACGAAGUUUUGUUCACUGAAAUUGGUGGAUGGCUACAGAGAGGGUCAAAACUAUUGCUUGUUAGAACUUAUGUUGUUUGGAGGAGAAAAUAUUCAAGCAAAAUUGUGUAUCGACUUGGUGGGUGGCUACCAACCCAAAUCCGUUAGUAUGGACCAUUUUCUUACACGACCCUAAUUCUACAGGAUCCAAUCUAUGGAGCAAUUUUUUAGUGCAUAUUGUUCUCCAUCCUUCCUCAUAUGAUAGAAAGUGAUUUUACGAUUCUCCAAAUUUGAGGUAAUUACAUUACAUUUAUGACCAGAAGAGUCGUUUGUAAGUAGUGUUUGAUUGAUAACGUUUAAUCAAUACUCGAUUAUUAGA